UUAAUGAACUUCGUAGGAACCGGCAACAUUUUUCUAUUUCUUCGGAAACAUGUGGGUCCCAGGCACUCGCAGAGCCUAUGGAGGAAGCUUAUCUCCAGGAUGUCUCCUGUGGGAACCUGACUCGAAGACUGCACUUGGCUCUAGAAGACCCCUGGCAACGAUCUGGAGAGGAGAGCAGAGAUAUCGGCUUGGCCCAGGUUUAUGCGCCAGCAGGAAAUCGAAGCGCCAGACGCCAUCUUGUCUGAGUCGACCUGCUUCCGGACUACAUUUCCCAGAGGCCCCCGGAGGAAGAGGGCCGCUCCUUCACUCGCUUGCCCGACCCUCGGCCUCCUAGCAAGGGGAAUUACAAGGUGAGCGGCUGUCUUGAGGGUUCGACCAGGCUGCGCAGUCCUGCUUUCUCAGAAUACCAUCCUUUCUCAAGACACCAGCCCCAAGGAGGACUGAUCCUCUCCUGCAAUACUGAAAGCCAUGGCCCAGUGAAUUUCCCAGCUGCUUUUCGAGUUACCGGCUGAAUUUCUGCUCCUUAUUCCCAAAUAAGUGGUUUGAGCUGCAAUGAAAAGGAAGAGUUGGAAAAUGGGCACCUCCAGUGACUGUGGCAGAAGCUUCAUCCUCUUUCUUUGGCUGUUCCUGUAGUGGCAUCUCCUCUUUGGCCAUCAAGGGACUGGAUCUGAUUUCUGGAUCUGGUUUACCCACAGCAUAACCAUGUCCCGUAUCUUUUCUUGUGAGCAGGACUUUACAUUCCUAAGCCUCAAGUUAUCUCCUUAUUGGAACAAGGAAAAGAGCCCUGGAUGGUUGGCAGAGAGCUGACAAGAGGCCUGUGUUCAGAUCUGGAGUCAAUGUGUGAAACCAAGUUACUGUCUCUGAAGAAGGAAGUUUAUGAAAUAGAAUCAUGCCAGAGGGAGAUAAUGGGACUUACAAAGCAUGGCCUUGAGUUCUCCAGUUUUAGAGACAUUUUGGAAUAUAGAAACCACUUUGAAAAACAACUGGGAUAUCAAAGUGGGCAUUUCAGCCAAGAAAUAUUCACUCAUGAAUACAUGCCCACAUUUAUUCAACAGACAUUCUUUACUCUACAUCAAAUAAUUAAUAAUGAAGAGAAACCCUAUGAAUGUAAGAAAUGUGGAAAGGUCUUUAGUCAGAAUUCACAAUUUAUUCAACAUCAAAGAAUUCAUAUUGGUGAAAAAUCUUAUGAAUGUAAGGAGUGUGGGAAAUUCUUUAGUUGUGGCUCCCAUGUUACUCGACAUUUGAAAAUUCACACUGGCGAAAAACCCUUUGAAUGUAAGGAAUGUGGGAAGGCUUUCAGUUGUAGCUCCUACCUUUCUCAACAUCAAAGAAUUCAUACUGGUAAGAAGCCCUAUGAAUGUAAGGAAUGUGGGAAGGCCUUUAGCUAUUGCUCAAAUCUUAUCGACCAUCAGAGAAUUCACACUGGUGAAAAACCCUAUGAAUGUAAAGUAUGCGGGAAAGCCUUUACUAAGAGCUCACAACUUUUUCAGCAUGUGAGAAUUCAUACAGGUGAGAAACCUUAUGAAUGUAAAGAAUGUGGCAAAGCUUUUACUCAGAGCUCAAAGCUUGUUCAGCAUCAGAGAAUUCAUACUGGUGAAAAACCCUAUGAGUGCAAGGAAUGUGGGAAAGCCUUUAGUAGUGGCUCAGCACUUACUAAUCAUCAGAGAAUUCACACUGGGGAGAAACCUUACGAUUGUAAGGAAUGUGGGAAAGCUUUUACUCAGAGCUCACAACUUCGUCAACAUCAGAGAAUUCAUGCCGGUGAGAAACCCUUUGAAUGUCUUGAAUGUGGGAAGGCCUUUACUCAGAACUCACAACUUUUUCAACAUCAGAGAAUUCAUACAGAUGAAAAACCAUAUGAAUGUAGUGAAUGUGGAAAGGCCUUUAAUAAAUGCUCAAACCUUACGCGACAUCUGAGAAUUCAUACUGGUGAAAAGCCCUUUAACUGUAAGGAAUGUGGGAAGGCAUUUAGCAGUGGCUCAGAUCUCAUUCGUCAUCAGGGAAUUCAUACUGAUGAAUAAUAAAAGUUAAAGCUCUUGUUACCUUCCUAAUAUUUGAAACAAAAAAUUCACAUUUGAUAGUUACGCUUUCACUAUUUUUGUUUUUAAAUUUUAUAUUUUUUCUUUUUUUUUUUUUUGAAGAUUUUAUUUAUUUAUUUGACAGAGAUAGAGACA